UCCAGCGCGUCGCCUUCGUUCCCGGCGUGCGGACUACAGGCCGGGGCGGGGAGGAGGUGGCCGCCCCUCGCCGCUCUGGCUUUCUUGGCUCCCCCGGUCCCGGAUGGUGACGGCGGCGCGGGGAGACGCUGGACGGGGCGGCCUUGUCGAGGCACGCGUGGCGCCCGCAUGCUUUGCCCUGCGCGCCCUGGAACCCUUUGGGGCUCGAGUCUCCCGCGUCCCCGCCGCCGCGCGCCCUGCCUGCCGUGCCCGGGCCCGCACGCCAGGAGCGCGGCUCGGUCCGUGCUCCGCCCCGGAGACCAAAUGUACUGACGAUUUCGCGCGCUGUUUAAUUAGCUAGAAGUUCUAAUGUGGCGUUUUUAUGUUUUUAAUGCAGAGACCAGUAAUUCGUUAUGGAGCAUGCUAUUACCCCGUUGGAACCCCUGCUUCCCACUGGGAGUUUGAAAUACUGCCUUGUGAUUCUGAAUCAGCCUUUGGACAAAUGUUUUCGUCAUCUUUGGUGCAAAGCUCUUUUAAGAGCCUGUGCUGAUGGAGGUGCCAACCGCUUAUAUGACGUCACGGAAGGAGAGAGGGAAAGCUUUCUGCCUGAAUUCAUCAGUGGAGACUUUGAUUCUAUUAGGCCUGAAGUUAGAGAAUACUACGCCAUUAAGGGAUGUGAAAUUAUUUCAACUCCUGAUCAGUGCCAUACUGACUUUACCAAGUGCCUUGAAGUGCUCCAAAAUAAGAUAGAAGAAAAAGACCUACAGGUAGAUAUGAUUGUGACCCUGGGAGGACUUGCUGGACGUUUUGACCAGAUUAUGGCGUCAGUGAGCACUUUGUUCCAAGCAACUCGAAUCACUCCUUUGCCAAUUAUAAUAAUCCAAGAGGAGUCUCUCAUCUACCUGCUCCAACCGGGAAAGCACAAAUUGCACGUCGAUACCGGAAUGGAAGGUGAUUGGUGUGGCCUCAUUCCUGUUGGACAGCCAUGCAAUCAGGUUACGACAACAGGCCUAAAGUGGAACGUCACAAAUCAUAGGAUUAGUUUCGGAACACUGGUCAGCACUUCCAAUACCUACGAUGGAUCUGGUGUUGUGACUGUGGAAACAGACCAUCCCCUCCUCUGGACCAUGGCCAUCAAAAACACCCAUGACUGACCUCCACAGCUGUGCCUCUGACCUCAUUUGCCAACAACUUCAUGCUCCACAAGAACAGUUCACCUUGGUUGGCAGGAAUCUAAACCUGUCCCUGAGAAGCCUGCUAGUUUUAAAUAUGUUUAAAUAUGUUAUAUUCAUAAACAUUAUGAAUGACAGAUCUCAAUUGUACAGUGAUGGGGGGAAAUCAUUAUUUCUUAAGAAAGUAAAUUACACUCAGUUGGAAAACUAAUGUGGAUUAUUCCACUCUAAAAUUCAGGACUGAUCAUUCUUAUGUUAUUAAUCAUUCCAUGUAUCCUAGAAAACUGCUGGCUUUUAUUUUUGCGGUAGGCGGGCCUCUCACUGUUGUGGCCUCUCCCGUUGCGGAGCACAGGCUCCGGACGCGGAGGCUCAGCGGCCAUGGCCCACGGGCCCAGCCGCUCCGCGGCAUGUGGGAUCCUCCCAGACCGGGGCACGCACACGCGUUCCCCCGCAUCGGCAGGUGGACUCUCAACCACUGCGCCACCAGGGAAGCCCUAGAAAACUGUUUUUAGGUUUGAACCUGAGAAGGCUCUGUUGAGGCUCCGUGCUGUCCAGCACAUAACCCUCCUCCUGUUCAUCCUUAAUUGCUUAACACCAAAGGCUACUUCUGUCUAAUAAUAUUAGCUCUUUCUGUAUUAUAUGUAUUCCCUUUCACUGAAAAAAUAAUUCCUUCUAGCUUGGGAUGCUAGAACUGCAUUUUAUUCUGGCCUUAAUGGUUUCUGGUAUUAUCUUUUCAUAAUAAAUUUUAAAAUGAUUGGCCUGAUUAUUAAAAUUUAAAACAGGUAGAACCUGCCCAGCAGCUUUAAUAGCGCAAAGCCGGUGUUGCCCUAAGGAAAGGGACCAGCAGCUCUCUUCUUUCUGGUGCUACAGCAGUGACGGUUGCGUUGUAAGUGGAGAGUGAAAGUGGGAUCAGGUGAACUAGCGUGCAGUUGUGCAGUCAAUCAUUAGAGAUAAUUAUUCAUAAUUUAUGCAAAUAUAUGUGAAAUUGAAUCCAGAUGUCAAAUAAAAAUAUUUAGUUA